UUUUGUCUGCUUCUUUUUAUUUGUUUUUGCGAUAACGAUUCUAACUUUUCUGUUGUGGGGUACUUCUUCAACUCUAAUCGUUUACCCUUUUCUAUAAAGUGCUCUUAAGCUUCCUGAUAGCUGAGAUUUAACUCAAAUUUGGGGUUUCUUGAUGCCUCGCCACCUAAAUCUUAUAAAUGGAACUGGAUUUUUCUGUUUGAUUUCACUUGUUCUGAAUCUUUAUUUAGUCAAUCACCCGCAGAACUCGUAUAAUUUAAGAUCUUUUUAUGAUUUGAAAUCUGGGUGACCUAUGUUCUUGUAAAAAGUAUGAGAAAUUAGGGGCGAUCUUUUAGGGUUAUGAAGAAAGAUUGACAGUACAAUUGUAAAGAAUCUGGUUAACUCUCAAAUCUGGCUUUUUCCAUGGCGAAUGUUAUCUUCUUUGAAGAAACCCUCUUGAAGAAACCUUUUGAAAUAAAGAGAUAUACCUUGAUUUCGGUUUUUCGAUGAUUACAUGUCAUCUUCUUCAAUGACAUAGCCAACUACAUAAAAUUAGUGAAUAUUGCUGCAAAUAUAAUGAUGCAGAUUGAUACCAGUGUCGUGGAAUCUGCUAAUGAAGUUACAAAUUCUGGUAAAACGACACGUCGUUCAGAUUUAUCUCUCAAUAUACCUCCUAGACAUGCACAUUUUGGUAGCAGUCGAAAUGGGAAGCCUUUUAUCCAAUCUCCUGGUAUCUUAUCAAAUGGCAAUUCCUCAUCACGCGGCAUUUUUAGAGGUUUAAGCUUUAAAAAGAAGGAUCCUUCUAAUGGUGAAAGUAGCUCUCUUCUCCCAAAUGCAGCACCACCUGAAAGCCCUGUUGUGGCCAACAAUAUCAAUCCCGCUUUACAUUGGAAUCGUUGUACAUCCCUUCCGGUCAAGCAUGCAUCAAAUCAAUCCCCUUCAGUCACCACGCCUGUUUCAGCUAGGACAUAUAGUGAACAACAAAAAUCACAGAUGGGGGCGGUGCAACCUUCUGUUUCGAGGUCCCUCUCUGUGCCUGGGCGAAAUAUUGUUAUUGUAAGAUCAAUCUCUUUUGCGACCCGUAAGGCUAAUGAUCAAACUGAUAGCGCUGAUGAUGACAUCAGUAUUGAAGUGGAAAACGACGAAGAGAUUGACGAGGAGGAAGCAGUUUGCAGGAUCUGUUUUGAUACGUGUGAUGAAGGAAAUACACUUAAGAUGGAAUGCAGCUGCAAAGGUGCUCUCAGACUCGUACAUGAAGAAUGCGCUAUUAAGUGGUUUAGUGUCAAAGGGAACAAGAACUGUGAUGUUUGUGGUCGAGAAGUCUCAAAUUUACCAGUAACUUUGCUUCGGAUCCCUAGUUAUGUUCAAAGACAAAACAUUACAUCACAAAAUCAGCAGGGUCUGAAUUCAGGAACAAUAAGUGCUUGGCAGGAUUUUGUGGUGCUAGUUUUGAUAAGUACGAUAUGCUACUUCUUUUUCCUCGAGCAACUUCUGAUCCAUGACAUGAAAACUCAAGCUAUUGUGAUUGCAGCACCUUUCUCUUUUACAUUUGGCCUUCUAUCAUCUACAUUUGCGGUUAUUCUAGCAAUCAAGGAGUAUAUUUGGUCGUAUGCCGCUCUUGAAUUUGCACUUGUUGCUAUGAUUCUGCACUUGUUCUAUUCUUGGCUUCAGUUGAAGGCAGUCUAUGCAGUGAUGUUAUCGUCGAUUCUGGGGUUUGGACUAGCUAUGACGCUCAACGCGUUGUAUAUCCGCUACUUUGUUUGGCGAGCUCAAGUUCCUCGAGAAUCCAACGACGUUUGAUGAGUUAUAUAUCUCAAUUUGAUAUGGGUGUAAAUAUCCAUCAAUCUAGCUUGAGAUUGGGGGGUUCGUGCAGUCGUGAGUUGGUUUCCAAUGACCUCACUGAUCGACUGUGUGAGCGUUGUGGGAGAAAUACCGUAUAGAGUUUUCCCGACGAAAAUGUUGUUUGAAAUCCAUGAUGUUUUGUAUUAAAAAAGGGUGAUGUUAUUAACCGCUUAUUGUCAAUAUAUGUUGCAUUCUAGAAAAUUAUUCACAUGUGAUGCUACUAAGAAUAUUUUAUAAAAGGAACAGAUUACUCGAUCUA